GACUCUAAAGAGCUGACAAGGGUCACCAAAAGAUCUGACGAAAGCCACUCGCCCAGACGAUCACCAUCCAUCACUGGAGCUGAAGAAUAAAUUGAAGAUACUGUCUUGCUCUUCGGUGGCCUGACACCCAUGAGAAAAAAGACCAAUCAACUGUAAUCUUCAAAGGAUUUAAUAACCAAACCGCUUAAACCCCUCCAAGAUGAAGGCAUUCAGCAUUGCAGUUGCAGUGACACUCGUGCUCGCCUUUAUUUGCAUUCUGGAGAGCUCUGCCGUCCCAUUCACCGGGGUGCAGGAGCUGGAGGAGGCAGGGAGCAAUGACACUCCAGUUGCGGCACAUCAAGAAAUGUCAAUGGAAUCGUGGAUGAUGCCGAAUCACAUCAGGCAGAAGCGCCAGAGCCACCUCUCCAUGUGCCGCUGGUGCUGCAACUGCUGCAGGAACAAGGGCUGCGGUUACUGCUGCAAGUUCUGAGGGUUCCCGGCGCAACCGGCAAAUCUGAAUUUAUUCCACGUUUUAGCUCACCCCCAGAAAUGACCUUUUCUUGACUUCUUUCUCCAAUGCAUAGUCUGCUCUACACUGUUUUGUAUCAUUUUUUACCAGGUAUGAGUCGUGGACGAGCCCUGGGAAAAAAAAAAAAUGAGAAGCUAUUCUUUCUAUUUAUUUUGUAUGUUUCAACACUUUCAUCCUGUAGGUCUUUUUUUAAGC